UCGGCAAGCGCUGAUAAAACACUCUCGAGAUUGUAUACCACGUCAAAGUUUUGAAGUAACAUGACAUCAACUAGGUAUAGUUAUUUUAAGUCAAGAAUUCGUUUUACUUGUGGAUUACGUUUAAACAUUUCCGGACGGUGACUCGUGUCGCAUAGACUCAAUAAGAAGAAGCUCCGACAGCAGGGAUUUAUUUUGGUAUCUUAAAUGUGGACCCGGAAGUGGUGUAAUAGUUACUCUCUCCCUGUAUUUAGUUUACGAAUUUGAAACAGGACCGUGUGUGUGUUUUAGCACCAAUGGAAAGUUGACGGAUCGGGAAUGGAAGAUGACUCUUCCGCGCGCGUGAACGUCACCGAGCGAAUGCCCGGUUACGGACGCGACGGGGCAUCUCUCCGUGAAUCCAGCGGGAUACGGAGCACAGAUUUCGGCCGAGAUGUCCGCAGCGAUCCGAAAGUGCCCGCAUCCUCCUUAUUAUUGUCGUCGAAAGAUGUUCUGGAGUUUCACAAACACAAACACGAGUCCGUUGGCAACAAUAAAGCAAGCAACGAGAGAGAAAGCGUACGAGCCGCGGAUAUCUUGAGAAGAAAUUGUGGAGAUCCGGAGAAAGUGGAAACGGGAUUUGAGAUUGAACCGGAGGAGUCGGAUCACGAGAAGGAUGAGGAAGGGAAGACAUGUAGUGUCAAACCAAACCUGGAGGAUCCUGAAGUGGCUGAUCCUGAUGGGAAUCUUAAUAUUGAUUGUAAGAGGGGAGAAGAGCUCAAAGAGCACGUCUAUUGUACAGUGUACUGUAUUGCCAAUGAUAACUAUAGGAUACCUGUCGAGAAAACGUCUGAUAAUGAAACAUCACAGUCACCCUCAUCAUCCUCAGAUGUUUUGGUUUCACUUCCCACCGACUCGGACUUAUCUGACCGUGAGCCCUACCCAGUCCCCUAUACAGUGUCCGACCUGGUGUCUGGAUUAAACAGCUCUUAUAACGCCAACAACAGUGUUUCUGUCGUGUUAACGUGUCGCAUUUGUCUCGAUGACAGACCCAUCACGCCGCUACACUGUUGCAAAAAGGCAGUUUGUGAAGAAUGCCUGAAAAGAUACAUCAGCUCUCAGGUUCACGCGGGUCGGUCGGAAUUGGUGUGUCCCAUCACAGAGUGCAGUGGAUUUUUGGAUGAGAGUUUGGUCAUUUCGCACCUGAGCAGCGAGGAACUAACAAAAUACAAGUAUUUUCUGGAGCUCAGCAGACUGGACUCGAGCACUAAACCCUGCCCGCAGUGCAGUCUCUUUACAUCACUGAAGGGACACGGCCAACAGACAUCCACCAAAACCGAACACAAGUAUAAGAUUCAGUGCACAACGUGCCAGUUUGUCUGGUGUUUUAAAUGCCACGCGCCCUGGCACGAAGGUCUGAAGUGUCGAGACUACAAGAAGGGAGACAAACUGUUGCGUAACUGGGCAAGCGUCAUCGAACACGGCCAGAGAAAUGCUCAAAAGUGCCCACGCUGCAAGAUCCACAUUCAGAAGAUGGAGGGCUGUGAUCACAUGUCUUGCACACAGUGUAACACCAAUUUUUGUUACCGAUGUGGGGAAAAGUACAGGCACCUGCGAUUCUUUGGAGACCACACCUCCAACUUGAGCGUGUUCGGUUGCAAGUACCGCUACCUACCUGAGAAACCCCACCUGCGACGGCUGGUCCGAGGCUCUGUUUGUAUGAGUAAGCUGCUGGUGGCUCCUGUGCUUAUCAUCCUGGUUGUGAUUGUGGGAGCUUUGGCUUUGGUCAUAGGUCUUUUUGUUCUGCCUGUUUACUACAUCUGUAAGAGGAGAAGGAAGAACACACAGGGGUCAGGCCGCUGGCUUUGCUGAGUCAGACAUCCUGCUUAGGACCUGCACACACAAACACACAUCCCUAAUAAAACCCUGGGUGCCAAGAGACGGAAAACUUGCCACCUGCUGUAACAAUCACAAUGUGAGGUUUUCCUGUUUGCUGCAUCUCAUGAAUUUCCUCAGCACAUAUCUGUCAGAAGGCAGACGUGAGAACUUUGGCAUUGUGAUCAAAGACGACAUGAUCGGAGGUUGUGAAUUUGAAUUCAGUUUUUUAAUUGAUUGUAGGAUGUGAAAUCCCAUGUAGCAACAUACUGUAAAUUAUUUUGUGUCUUAAAGUGAUUGUUCACCAAAAGUGAACUUUGUUUUUCACUUUCAUCUUUUUCCAGACCUUGUGGGAAAUAUUGCACACUUUCCAUAACUGAAAGCUAGUUAUAUGAGUUUGUAAAACCUUUACAUCAUGUUAAUUUUUGGUCGAACUGUCACUUUAAUUUCCGACCUUUAAUAAUGGCGAGAGGUGAAAUAAUGUCUGUCACUCUUUACCCUCUCUAUCUCUCUCUCUCCCCUCAUCUGUGUGCUGUGCCAACAUCCGCAGGAAUUUGCAUGCUCAACAAAACGUGUUUCUGUCUGCUGCACUGUAAAAAACAAAAGACAUGCAGCUGUGAGCCAAGGUAUAUAGGUCACGCAAAACAAUACUGAAUCAUGGAAAGUAUUCAAGCUCCAGUUCUGACACCCGCAAAUCUAAAGCUAUGACCUAUGCAGUAGGGUGCAAAAGUUAAAAUUGUUCUAUUCAACAAAAUUAUAAAUCGGUAAAACAGAUGUGUCAUCUUUGCUUAUGGAAGCAUGCACUCAAAUUCUCAGGAUUUUGCUCUCAGACUUUUGAACCCUACGCGCAUGCGUAAACUGUUUCCAGAAUGAACCGAUAGACUUUUUUAUUUCGUUUUUCUCGGAUGUGUAAUUUAAGGUCCAAAAAUUGGAUGCUUUGACAUUAAUUUCUAGAUUAUUUAAACUUUGCACAGAGACGUAGCCACUGGGGCUGUUGAGACAUCAUAUUGAAGCCCAACAGGCACACCUGCUGUAGUUUUGCACCGUGUUAUACAUUCAUAUCCACUGUAAUGCAUUGCCACGUGUUGGGUUUAGUUGUUACAAAAAAGAUUACUGUAGCAUGCCAACAAAGAUGCUGAAAUAUAUCUUUACACAUUAGAAAUACUAUAUUAACUUCAUUACAUGAAAUGAUAUUUCACCAAAAGGCAAACCCUAAAGCUCCGCUUUCAGUCCAGAGUCCGGCCCACGUUGACUUGAUUUGAGCUGGCCAUUUAAUGCUUAAACAAAGGCUGCGAGAACCAGGAAGCAUUGGGGAAAAAAACACUGCCGGAAAGGUUGUAACCAUAGCAACCGUGCAGGGUGGCCGGAGGAUGAGGAGAAUGAGUAUUAAAGCAUAGAGCAACUUGUGGUCCUGCUGGGCUUAUACUCAGGGCGCAUUUUGUAUAAAAUAUUAUAUCUGCAUCCGCUUUGAGCGGUUGCCAGUUAGCAUUUCAAAGAGGUUAUGGAUUGGAUUUACGAGACAAUCAUUUAGGACGAUGCACUCGGGCUGGAAGUGAACGCCAAUGUUACUCUCAGGGAGGAUUUUGUCUCAAAUGUACACACUGCACUCUUUAAAGCGGAUAAUCUGUAUAUACAAAACAGACUUUAGCUAAAUAGGGGAUACAGUAGGUAUGAAUGUUAGCUUAUUAUCAUGAUUAAGAUCAUAACUGCUGUUUUAAUUUAUAAAAUUAAAGGUUUGAGUGCCACUACUUUUUUUACCAGACGGUGCCUUUUACAAUGGGAUUGAACAUUAUUCUAAGGAACGCUGUGAAUGUGUUCCUUUCAUAUAGUUUGAAAGCACACCCGCUGUGAUCGAUUUCCAAAGACAUUUAAUUAAUAUAUUUCUGCAAUAUUUUGUUCCCUAAAUAUACUGUAGUAUGUGUCUGAAUCUGUAGCACAACACCUGUGUUACAUCCAUGUUUUUAUGACAAAAAAUGCACAAUGUAUUUUAUUGUUUUUCUUCAUUGUUACAUUGCUGCUGCCCUUUAUGUUCAGACUUACAGAGUCAAGUCAGGCCUGCAGACAGCAAACAUAUGUCUUUAUUAUGUUUAAUGAAGGAUUAAAUGGAGCUGCCAAAAAUUGGUCUGUUUAUUUUAAUAUAUGCAGUGUUUGCAAAGGGUGUUGCUCAUGUUAUUGAAGGAACAAUUCACCCAAAAACUAUUUUUGAAAACAUUCUGUCUUCAUUUCUUCAAAAUCUGUACAGAUGUCUUUGUUCUGAUGAACACAGAGAAAGAUAUUUGGAAGAAUGCUUUUCACCAAACCGUACUUGGCCACCACUGACUGCUGGAUUUUAAAGUUAAAUUGAACCUCAUCUUUUUUCUUUGCUUUUUAACUGUGAUUAAUUUGUUUUAUGUGUCUAUCUGUCUAUGUUGUAUAUUAUGUUAUUUUGUGACUUAAGUGAAUGUACAGCACCUUGGUCAACAAUUUAGUGGUGCUAUAUAAAUAAAGUUUAAGCUGAAGUACCAUA